UGUAAUUGUGGAUCUUUGACUGAGCAAUAGAGAGAGAGAGAAAUGCAAAAUAGCAAAUAGUUGGGAAAGAAACGAGAGACAGAGGAUAAUAAUCACAUCUUCUUCUUCUUCUUCUUCUUCGUCUUGGACAAUUUUCCAAAACUAUUGUCACAUAUCAUCUCUCAAGCUCUCUCAACAACAAUGGCGACGGAGCUCAACCCUAAGAAUUUCCCUGUUCUCUCUUACGUCUUGGAUCGUCUCCCUUCCUUCUCCGCCAAAUCCUCUUCCGAUGUCGACCGAUCAUCUUCUUCCUCCAAGUCCGAUCCCUCUUCUUCUUCAUCUUCGUCGAGCCACUCCAUCGAGAUCGUGACUCAGAUGCCUCACUUGGCUCAUCCCGAUGUUCUUGCCUCCAUGACUAACGCUAUAGCCGACGUCGCUCAGACCCGAUCCGUUCUCCGAACCCUAGGACCUAGACCCGAUCACGAAACCGUCGACAAAGCUCGUGCCAGGCUCGUCGAGAUCGACGCCUCUUUAUCUGAAUCCUUCGAGGAGAUCGCUCUCUCUCCGAACGAUAUUGACGUGGCGGAGAAGGAACAGAAGAGGAGGGAAGCUGUUGAACAAGAGAAGACUUGGUAUAACUCCAUCUUAAAGCUCAACGAGCUUCACCAAUCGUACGAGAAGCUUUUGAAAGAAGCAGAGGAGAGGCUCGUGAGGAUCUACGAGUCCGCCGAGAAGAAUGCUGCCGCGGUGGCUGAGGAGGAAGCUGCCGAGGUUGAAGUCAAUGAAGAGGUGGUGAGUAUAUUGCAGCAAGCUUCUGAGAAUCCAUUGGACCUUGUUGAUCUGUCUGGUCGGAAACUGAAAAUUCUCCCUGAAGCAUUUGGAAAGAUUCAAGGUCUCCUCGUUCUUAAUCUUUAUAACAAUCAGCUUGAGGCCAUUCCUGAUUCAAUAGCCGGGUUGCAAAACCUUCUUGAACUCGAUGUUUCCACGAACUUUCUGCAGAUAUUACCCGACUCGAUCGGUUUAUUGUCUAAACUGAAGAUUUUGAAUGUCUCUUGUAACAAACUCACAACAUUACCAGAUUCCAUAUGCCAUUGCGGAUCGUUGGUUGUCUUGGAUGCGAGCUACAACAAUCUUACCUACUUACCAACAAACAUUGGAUUUGAGCUAGUGAAACUAGAGAAGCUCCUGAUCCAUCUCAACAAAAUUAGAUCAUUACCAACUUCUGUUGGUGAAAUGAGAUCCUUACGCUACCUCGAUGCGCACUUUAAUGAGCUCAACGGUCUUCCAAAUUCUUUCGGGAUGCUGAUAAACCUUGAGUACCUUAACUUGAGCAGUAACUUCAGCGAUCUCCAAGAUCUCCCUGCUUCAUUCGGCGACCUCAUAAGCCUCCAAGAACUGGACUUGAGUAACAACCAGAUCCAUUCUCUUCCAGACGCUUUUGGCACGCUCGUGAACUUGACCAAACUGAACUUGGACCAGAACCCGCUUGUGAUCCCACCUCAGGAGGUCGUGACACAAGGUGUGGAUGCGGUUAAAAUGUAUAUGGGGAAGAGAUGGGUUAGUAUGUUGGAAGAGGAAGAGAAGAUGGCCAAUCUGAAGGAUGAGAUGGAUCAGACAAACACCGAUUGGCUCACUCGAACCACCUCGAAGCUCAAAACGUAUGUUACCGAGGUUUCGGAUUAUCUUGGCUCGAAUUCGCCUAAAGAUCCUUACCUUGACCAGCAGUUAUGAAUUUUGGCUUUGAGCUUCAUUAAAAAAUUUCUUGAUGAUGUCUGAAGAAAUAGUUUCCAAGAAGCUCCUCUUCAGUUUUGAAUUUUCUUUCCCCUGCUGCACUGUUUAGUAUAUAGAUCUUUACAUUUGUUUUCUGAUUUUAAUGUUAUCGUUAUAAUACUUCUCAUAACAUUUCAUUUAUUUGGUAACUAAAUUGGUAAAUUUUCCUUUUUUAA